AUGGCUCGGUCUGACGUGUCACGAAGCCAGAGGGGCCCUGCUGUCCACGUGGCACAGGCGGGGAUCGGCGGACAUGGGGGAUGGGGCUCCUCCAACCUCGGUACACUCACACCCCUGCCUCAACUCAUCCCUCCGUGCUUGCCUUGUCUCUCCCUAUCUUGUCUCUUGCCCCCCAAACGCCCACCACCGCUCUCCACCCAUCAGGACGAGCCCAUCCGGCGCAAGGGCCCGCGCACCAAGUUUUCCAAGGAGGCGGUCGACUGCCUCAACUCGUGGUUCCUCUCGCACCUGCACCACCCCUACCCCACCGAGAGGGAGAAGGCGGAGCUAGCAGCGAACUCAGGGCUGAGGGACACGCAAAGGGAGAAGGCGGAGCUAGCAGCAAACUCAGGGCUGAGGGACACGCAGGUCAACUGCUGGUUCAUCAAUGCACGGGUCAGCAGGCAUCCAUCUCCAGUAAUUAGCACACCACCCCUUGUUACCAGCACGCCUCUGCCCGAACCUACCAGCAGUCUCAACCAGCAGCAGCAGCAGCAGCAGCAGCAGCAGGUGCGGCAGCAGCAGAAGCGGUAUUCUCCCUCUCCACUAGGCUGCAACACCAAGGGCGUCAUGCUGAAGACUGGGACUGCCGCUGCUGGCUCGGCAGGCGGUUCCCCUGCUGCUGCUGGUCGCAGUAACAGUGCUGGUGCUGGUAACCACACGUGUGCUGGUAACGCUUCUACUGCUGGUGGUUUUGCUGAGCUGGCAUAUGAGGAGGAGGAGGAGGAGGAGUGCCAGUUCGUUGACUCAGAAGACCCGCUUGACUCGGUUCUUCCCGCGCUGGCGCUGCUGCGGUUGCAGGUGAAGCGGUCUGAGGAGAAUAAGGGGCAGAGGCGCAGGAAGGAGCAGCACGGGGAGCAGGUGCAGAAGCAGAAGCAGGAGAAGCAGCAGAAACAGAAGCAGCGGAAGCAGCAGCAGCAGCAGCAGCAGAAGGGAAAGGAGGAAGGGAAUGCGGGAUAUUUGAGGCUUCUUACCAAAGGUGGAGAGGGGAGGCUAGAAAACUACGGAGGAAGUGAGGGGAGUGAAGGUGCUGAGGAGGAGGCAGAGGAGGGGACUGGUGGGGAGGGUGGCGAAGCUGAAAGCGAGGAAGAGGGUGCUGAUUUCAAAGACAGGGAAAGCAUAGAGGAGGAGAAGGGUGAGCAGGAGGCAGGGGCAGGGGAGGACGGUGAUGGGGAGACAGAGAGAGAAGAGGGAGAGGCGGGGGAUGACGAGGGGAGUGAGGAGGGGGAUGAGGAAGGGGGUGAGGAGGAGAGUGAGGAGUGGAGCGAGGAGGAGCAGCUGAAGGCGAUGAGUCUGAGGGACGUGUACAGGCGGUGCUUCGGGGAGGAGGUGGUGCUUCGGAGGAGCUCGGAUGAGGGCGAUGGGCAGGGAGGUGGGCACGGGGGUGGCGCAGGGGUGGGUAGGAGGGGCGACGGACAGGGCAGCGUACAGGGUGGAGGGCAGGGGAAUGGCAAGGGGAAUGGCAAGGGGAAUGGGCAAGGCGUUGAAGAUUUGGGUACCAAAGGAGUUGACUACAUCGGUGGCUUGCUGGACAUGAUGGACGGCCUGGAUGGGCUGGCAGGAAUGGACGGACUGGAUGGGCUUGACGGCUUGGAAGGGAUCGAUCUCAUGGAUGGGAUGACUGGGUUGGGAGAUUUUCAAGGCGUUACAGAACGGUUAAAUGAUGAGAUGGAGGGUAAUGAAGGGUUUGAGGGACAUCCAUGCAUACAGGAGCAGCAGCUGGUGGCAGUGCAAGGGGGUUUCACUGAAGAGCCUCUGUCUAUUGAGGCUCAGGAAGAGGAGAAUUACUUCUGUGAUGAAGCAGAGGAUUACUACAGCGAAAAUGAGGAGGGAGACUUUCCCAGGGGAAACGGAGAAGGUGUUGGGAGGUAUGAUAUGAUAGGGUAUGACAUGGCAGCGUAUGACGUGGCAGCAUGUAGGAGCAGUGGCACCCCUGCAAGUGGGGGAGGCAGCAUACGUGGAGGGGAACACAUGGUUGGUGCCGUGCCAGCCGUUUAG